UGGUCUUCUUCCUAGGGAUUCCGCUCCCAACUCUAAACCCAGAAACCCUCACUCUCUCUCUCUCUCUUUCUCUCUCUCUCUUCAUUCUCUCUCUCACACACAGUUCACACAGUGAAAAUGCGUAAGCUCACCAUUCCCUUCUCUGCAUUGCAGCUGCAGAAACUCCUCUUCUUCCGCUGCGCGUCCACGCAAUCCAAUUCACUCACCCACCGCCUCUCCAUCGCUGGAUCACCGCCGCCUCCGCGGCCGUCGCCGCCGCUCGAAUCUCUUUCCCCGUACGCCGCCGCGUUCUCUAGCACACGAUUUCAAUACUUUCCUAUUAGGCAUUUCUCUUCGCAGACGGAGAACGCCGCCGCGAGCACCGUUGAUGAAAACCUAGUAGGAGAAUUGUUGACGGAAGAAGAGAAGUCCACCGCGGAACUCUUAUCGACCGAGCUUCAAAAGAAUCCAGAGGUGGAGCCUCUGCCUUUGCCUAAAAGACUCGAUCUUUCCUUCUCUCACGUCACCGUAAGCCCUAAACUUCUUCACGCCACGCUUAAUGCCUCCCCUGAUGCGGGCCGUAUGGCCCUUGAUUUCCUCAAAUGGGCCAAAUCCAGGCCCGAUUUUCAGCCCAGCGAUGAGCUCUACUCCCAUUUCGUGGAUUAUUUUGGGAGAAGGAAAGAUUUUAAAGCUACACAUGAAGUUCUAGUAGAUGGCCAUGGAGUUGCUGGGGUAAAGAGUUUUGAGGCCCUUGUUGAUCGGUUGGUUAGGGCAGGUAGGCCAACUCAGACUGUGGCGUUGUUCGAGAGAAUGGUGAAAGAUUAUGGAUUCAUGAGGAAUAAGGAUUCUUUGAAAUUGAUUGUUUCGAGUCUUUGUGAGCGUGGAUAUGCAAGUUACGCCGAGAAAAUGGUCAAGAGUUUGGCUAACGAGUUCUUUCCGGACGAGCACAUAUGUGACUCGUUGAUUAGUGGGUGGUGCAACGAUGGGAAGCUAGACGAAGCGAAGAGAUUAGUGGAAGAAAUGUACAGGGGAGGCUUUGACAUAGGUACAUUUGCAUACAACUCCAUUUUAGACUGUGUUUGUAGGCUAUGUAGGGAGAAAGAUCCCUUCAGAAUUCAAACCGAGGCUGAAAACGUGUUGGUUGAGAUGGAGAGGCACGGUGUUCCGCGCAACGUGGAGACGUUUAAUGUACUGAUCACUAACUUGUGCAAGAUUAGGAAAACGGAGGAUGCGAUGAACCUUUUCUCUAGAAUGGGUGAAUGGGGUUGUUACCCAGACGAAACUACGUUUUAUGUUCUGAUCAAGAGUUUAUAUCAGGCUGCACGUGUGGGGGAAGGUGACGAGAUGAUUGAUAAAAUGAAAUCUGCAGGGUAUGGCGAUGCGUUAGAUACGAAGGCUUAUUACGAAUUCUUGAAGAUUUUGUGCGGGAUUGAGAGGGUUGAUCAUGCUAUGAGUGUUUUUGCGAAGAUGAAGGAGGAUGGAUGUGAACCGGGUGUUAAGACGUACGACUUGUUGAUGGGGAAGUUGUGUACCUACGGGCGUUUGGAUAAGGCGAAUGCGCUUUACAAGGAGGCUGAGAGCAAUGGAUUAGCUGUUGAGCGCAAGGCGUAUAAGGUGGAUCCUAGAUUUGCGAAGAAGAAGCAAACUGUUGUGAAGAAGGAGAAGAAGAGGGAGACUCUGCCCGAGAAGAUGGCGAGGAAGAGAAGAAGUCUUAAAAAAUUCCGGUUGAGUUUUGUGAAGAAGCCAAAGCGGAGUGUGCGCCGUGCUUUUUAAGGUGUUUUGAUCGUUGUGUAAGGGUCAAAUUUUGAGGAGAGGAUGAUCUUGAUUUCUUUCAUGCACGUCUUAUCUUUCUGCAGCAAUAUCUGGUUUUCAUUUCAGCGAUAAUCGGGGAAGAUGCAGUAUUUCGAAUUCCAGUAGUUUAGUUUAUGGUGCUUAUGUAGCUCUAAUCCUCCAAUGUACUGGUAAUUAUGGCUUAUUGCAGCUAAUUCGACAUGUUUUUCCCGUUAAACCUUGCCGUCUUUUUUUUUUUUUUUUUUUUCGGUUCCAUGUAGUAAGCUUUUAUUUGCAGAAAUAAAGUGUUCACCAUGGGAAUGUAUUGUUCUCAAUUAUCU